AUGGCGGAGUACAAUUUUGAAGGAGAUAUUACCAACAUCAAUAAACGUCAACUACAGUACAUACACAAAGUAAUUUUAGAACAAAAUUUAAAAUUUGUUAAAGUAGUAUUUAAUUCAUUUGGGCAAGCUGGUGAUAAUUUUGGUGCAAACGUGAAAAGAAUAAGCAUAGAAGGAGAAAAUGGAACUAUGAAAAUGAUCGUGAAAAUAGCACCUGUAGAUGAAAUAGUACGUAAAUCAACAUUUACCGAACAUUUGUUUCACAAUGAGCAUGCAAUGUAUACGGAGGUGCUACCUAAGCUAGUGGCUCUGCAGAAAGCAGCAGGAGUACCAGAAGAAGAACAUCUAAGAUUUGCAAAAUGUUACGGAUCUCAAGAUGAGGCUCCAUAUGAAGUGAUAAUUUUGGAAGAUCUUAAGGAAUCAGGUCAUAUAAUGUUGAAUAAGUACGAACCGUUACAAGAUACCGUUGUGAGAGAUAUUCUGAAAACGUUUGCUAUUUUUCACUCUUUGUCACACGUGCUGAAGAUUAGAGAACCAGCAACGUACAAAUGUUUUGAGAUUAAGUUAAGAGAUGUUUGGGCAUUGAUGUCAGUGACACCGGAAUAUACGAAAAGCUUUACAGGCUUUGAUGAUGUUACUGCAUCAAUAGUUGACAACGAAACUCAUAGGAACAUCGUGAAAAAUAAAAUAUCAAAUUUGUUUAAACUGGUACUUAAGUUGAGAAAAGAGGAGGAUAAAAAAUAUUCAGUCAUUCAACAUGGAGAUGCUUGGACGAAUAAUAUUCUAUUCAAAGUUGUGGAUGACCAAAUAGGACCUCCAACAAUGAUUGAUUUUCAAGGCGCUAAAAGAAAUAAUCCUGUGAUGGACACCAUCUACAUGAUCUUCAACUGUACCGACUACGAGACCAGGACUAAGAACUUCUAUGACUGGUUGGACUAUUACCAUACACAACUAGACAAAUCCUUGUCGUACUUUGGUCUCAAAGCUGACGUGAUUUAUCCAAAGGACCAAUUGGAUGCCGAUGUGAAGAAAUACAGUGAAUUAAUAUUUGGUAUUGCAUUAUUAACUAGCAAUAUUUUGAACAGAGAUGUAAAUGAAACUCAAGAAAUACUAGACAGUAUGGAACACAGUGGGCUUACAGAACUAAUGUCAUCAUUAGCCAACACUAAAAUGAAAGAUGAAUCUGAGAAACGUGCAAGAAAGAGAAUUGAAGGAAUAAUUGCUAGUUAUAAUGAAUUCGGAUUUUUCGAUCAUUUUGAAACUUAG